ACUUUGGGAGAGACUGCAAUUACACUCUGUAGUCUGUACUCCCAAUUCCAAUUUCCAUAAGCCUAAACAAAGCAAAGAGAAGGGAAAAUAUCUACUACUCUCUCUUUCUAUUUCAACAUUGUGUGUGUACAUGAUAUUUGGUCGUCACUCUCACGCGGAAUUGCUUUGUUUAUUCAAAUUAUUCAUUCAACUGACAUCCAUUUUAUUUUCUGGACUCCCUCAACAGAUUUCAAUCUGUAGUAAGUCACUGAUUUGGUGAGAAGUUAGAACUGUCCAGAUCUUCAGAAUCUAUAUCUUCUACUCACUUUCUUAUCGUCUAUAUAAUUUCUUGCUUCCUUCUUUUCUUUAUUUAUUCAUUUCUUCUUGUUUCUUUCUGGAUCAGAUUUUGCAACUGAAGUUAGUUUCUACACUUUUUCGCCACAUCUCAUAACCCCAGUUACACUUUUUCUGUCUUCUCAGUAACAGACAAACCCACAUAUGAAAAUCACUCUACAACCACAAUUUUAGUUUCUCAAUAAUACAACAAAAUUUCCCUUAACUUAAUUGGUUCUUUAAUAUCCUUUUAUUAGUCAGCUUUUUCAUUCCAAAAAUUGGAUCUUUUUAGUUUUACAGAGAAUGAAUAUGCAAAACCCAUCAAUAUAUUCAGAGAUCAAGCCUCAAUUUCCAGAACAAGAAAUCUUGAAAUGUCCUAGAUGUGACUCAAUUAACACAAAAUUCUGUUACUAUAACAAUUACAACCUUUCUCAGCCACGUCACUUUUGUAAGAAGUGUAAAAGGUAUUGGACUAAAGGAGGUACUUUACGAAACAUUCCAGUUGGUGGCGCCUCUCGCAAAAACACUAAACGUUCUUCUACUUCUUCAAGUAGUAAACGCUCCUCAACGACGUCGUCUUCAGCAGCACAUCCAAAGUCAGAGCCUUUUCCUAUACCUAAUGUUGCAGCUUUUGAUCAGAAUAGUUCAAUUCACGGGCCUUUUAGUUCGCUUUUGACAUCAAACGGGCCGGAGAUUGGGAAUUUGUUUGAAGCUUUGAAUACCAAUGGGUCCAAUUCGGGCCUUGUCUCGGGCUCAGAUGCAGCACCUCAAAGUGAGAAUAACAAUACAGAUGAAUAUUUGUGCCCUGUUCAGAAUAGUGAAGAUUCUAGCUGUUGGAAUGGUAGUAAUGAUUGGACUGAUGAUCUUGCUAUUUACAGUGCUCCAGGUUCAAGCUUUCAGUAAUUAGAAGUGCCUAAAGAUGAUCAGAACUUGAUGCACUAUUAGUAAUUAAGAAAAGGCAUUGAUAUUUUGCUUAGCAUAAACAAUUAUGUCUCAAUCCAGAAUUAGUUGAGAUAAGCUUAUAUGUUAGUAUUUGCUUAGUGUUUUAUUAAUUUAAAACCUUUUUCCGUUGCAUAAUUUUUCGAAGUGUUGUUGCUGAUUGCAUAUUAGUAGUAGUAUGAGUAUAUUUUACCUCUGGAAAUUAGGUGUCAGGCCCAUAAACUAGCUUUGUUUGUGUAAUGCUUAAUUAAUACGUACGUAGUUGUGUGUGAUUUGA